CACACACGCACACCGUUUUACAGAGAGAGACGCAAUUGCUCAAUUGGGGGUUUUCCUCAGCCUCCUCUCUCUCUUUUCCUCUUGUCGUCUGUACAAGUCCAUAUGGCCAUGGAAGACGUUGACUUGGAGUCAAUAGGCCACGGAAGAACCAGUUCGCGCUGCUGCUUCUGUAUCCCGGCGUCGUCGGCCUGGUGGGAGCGGAUGCGAGCGAACCAAAACAACGACCGCUGGUGGUCCCGAGGCUUCAAAGCCUUCUACAAGCUUCGAGAGUGGUCCGAAAUCGUCGCCGGCCCAAGGUGGAAGACUUUCAUUCGCCGAUUCAACCGGAAUAGAAGCGGAGGUGGCGGCAGCUCCGGUGCUGGGCGGCACCACGGGAAAUUCCAAUACGACCCGUUGAGUUAUGCUCUGAACUUCGACGAAGGCAAGGAGGACGAAGACGACGAAGACGGCGGAUUUCGCGAUUUCUCGACCCGGUUCGCCUCGCUUCCUCCGGUCAGGUCCGGGUUACCAGAAUCAAGUAAAGACGUGGCGGUGUACGGGUGAGUGAGAAUGCGCCUGGAGGUGUUGUGAGCAUUUGAUUGCUGGAAUGGCCACUCAAUGAGCUGGCUGGAUGGUGGAAGGUUGACCGAGACGUAUGACGUGGCGCCGUCAGUUUUACUUUAUUUAUUUAUUUUUGUUUGGUUUUCGAUAAUGUGGUUGUAGUAAUUUAGAUAAUUUUUUAUUGUUUUAAUUUUGUUUUUGAUGGUGGUUGGUGGGUGUACAAAUUGUCAAAUACUAAGAAGAUAAUGGACCAAUGAUGAUGAUUGAAUGAGGAUGAGGAUAAGCAUGCGUGUAUGUUUCUUCAGUAUGGAGUAUGGACUAGUGAUUAAUAAAUUUACUUAUUUAUUA